AUGGAGAAUCCACAUGAGGAGAGACAGUCGCUGCUGCUCGAACGAAUCACAAAGAGCGUCCACCGACUCAACGAGGCGUUGCUCGAGCUCGACCGAUCCGUCGUUGAGAUCAACAAUCACAACCAGGCCAUCACCAUCGUUGCGGAGCUUUCUGAGGCUUACCGCCGAAACGCAGCGUUCAACCUGGCAAACAUGGAGGCGGUCGACGAGGACGGGCUCGGCAAGGUGUCGAUGGAUUGA